AUUUUUAGGCCAGAUUCUGCGGGAGGUUUUUCUUCAUGUCCUUCAGCUGGCAGUCGAAAUGAGAAGGACUGGGAAGUGGACUCCACCACUUCCUCUACUCCUUCCAACACUGAGUAUACAGGUCCCAAACUGUACAAGGAACCCAGUGCCAAAUCCAACAAACAUAUCAUUCAGAACGCUCUGUCUCAUUGCUGCUUGGCUGGCAAAGUUAACGAAGGGCAGAAAAACAAAAUACUUGAUGAAAUGGAGAAAUCUGGAGCUAACAACUUCCUGGUCUUAUUCCGUGAUGCUGGAUGCCAGUUCAGGUCUGUCUACACUUACUGCCCCGAGUCCGAGGAGAUCAUCAAACUGGCGGGAAUAGGACCAAAAAGCAUCACGGCAAAGAUGAUCGAGAACAUUUACAAAUACAACUCUGACAGAAAACAGUUCAGCCAGAUCCCAGCCAAAACCAUGUCAGCGAGUGUGGACGCAGUCACUAUUGCAGGCCAUCUGUGGCAAACCAAGAAACAAGGAACACCUAAAAAGCUCCAUCCCAAGUAAAUGACAAGACUGACUACAUUUUCCUUAAGCAUUUUGUACCCAGACUGAAUCACAACUGGAAAUGAGAACAGCAUUAUUUAAAGGGGGUGCAGUCUCGUGUUUGCCAGCAUGUGUAUGAACUUAAAUGUGCCAAAAAAGAACAAAAUACUAAGCGGACAAAUGCCUUAGUUGAACCACUGAAGCACUGAAUGUCAAGUCUCUGCAAGAGGCACUUUGAUUUCUAGUCCAUUGUGUGGCCUUAUGCUUGUUUUGUGUCACUGGUGCACAUUACAACAAGUGUUUUGUCAGCACCUGUUAUAAUACCGGUAAUCUGUUAUUUUGUGAUGCAAGAGAGACUGUCUGCAUACGGGUCAGAGGUCAAAUUCAUGGUUCUCUGCAUUCUAAAGCGCUAAAGAUGGCCUGUCUGAUCAGAGAUAUGAAAGAUGCAGCGCUUUAUUGAAGACAUUUGCUGCUAAACCGGCAUGUUUUUUUGUUUUUUUUUAACUCUUGUAAAUGGUUUGAUUUUGUGUAUGUGUGUGGAGUGAAGUGCCAUGCCGUGGAGGUGAUUUUUGUUACUCUCCAGAAAUAACAUUGUCUUACAUGAUGUGAUGCAAUGUGCCAUCGAACCAUAGGACGCACCUGCAAUAUUCUAAUUUAUUGAAUUAGAUCAUGCUGACAUAUAUGGUAACUUUGAUUUAAAAAUACCGGUAUGUCAUGCUACUUUGUAUAUAAUGAAAUGAACAGCUUUCUGUAGCGUUGGAGUAGCUUUUUUAUUUAUCUUGUAUCAGUAGCCUAUGUUGUAUGUCUGUUACGUGGCCUUUUAUUACGCUAAAGAUGCAAAAAUGCAGUUGUCCUUUUUUUUUUUUACUAAUGAGACUAUCAUCUGAUGUGUCUUGGACAGAACCCUCACUGUGUCUGUGCAAUUUGCCAAUGUCCUGUUAACUUUCAAACAUUUCUCUGAUCUGUCACUUUAAUAAUAAUAAUAGUCUUAACAAUGAAAUCUUGGUUUUGCCCACACAUGUAAAUACACAAAUGAUAGCACUUAAAUCAUGUGUAACCAGCCUGUCUAAUCUCUUUGUUAUCACUUAUUUGCAUAACUGUUACAUUUUUCAUCUGUUGACUCUGUACAGAUAUAUUUUGGCAUAUACAGAUAUUUUUGGUAUUGACAUUUAUUUGAUGUGUGAGGUAUUAAAGCGGUUAAAUAGCUGUGAAUUUCAAAAAUGCGCUAAAUGCUCAUAAGAUGGAUAAAAAGAAGCAUCGAGGUGAAAUUUACAAAUCAUGGAUAUGCAAAAAUGUUCUUUUUCCCAAUGUGGAAUUUCCUUUCAAUAUGCUCAAUUGCUCAUGGAACUUGUUUUAGUAUGUUGAAGCUUUAUUAAAAU